AUGUUUUGUAAUCGUGUGCAGAUUCUUCUGAAGCCCAUUUUUAAUUCCGUCAAGACGACGUUCCGGAAAUAUACACCUCGAAGAGCUGUGUUGUACGCACCAGCAGACAACCUGAAAAAAGUCCUCAGUACCUUUAUGUUAAAAGUUGAUUGUAUUAUGUUGGACUGUGAGGAUAGUGUUGUAUUGAGCCACAAAUCAGAGGCACGACUUAAUAUUAGACAACUGCUCGACCAAGGCAAGCCUAUCAAGAAAAGUAACUAUGAUUUUGGUGUACAUAUGAACGAACCACAUUCUGAAUUAUUAAAGCUAGAUGUGUCAGUUAUAAUGACGGGGAAGCAUGUACCUGAUACAAUAUGUCUGCCAAAAGUAGACAAACCUUCUGAUGUACAGAUAUUUGCAGACUUACUAAAUGAAUAUGUUAAAAGUGACAUAAAAGUUAAUCUGAUAAUCUCAGUUGAAUCUCCAGAGUCACUAGUCAAUUUAGUAGAAAUUUGUAACACUGCAGUGGCGUUGUCAAAGACUUCUAAGUUCACGCUUGUUGGAUUGGCAUUUGGAUGUAUGGAUUACUGCGUCCAGCUUGGGGUUAAAAUAAGUAAGACCUUAAAUGAAGUAUUAUACGCUCGCAUGAAAGUCGUCACAGUGGCGAAAGCUUUUCACCUGCAAGCAAUUGAUAUGGCUAGUAACAACUAUAAGAACUUAGAAAUUGUAAAAAACCAAGCAGAGGAAGCAGCUCAGUUGGGGUAUACCGGAAAAAAAGUUUUCCAUAAAAGUCACAUUGAAGUGGUUCAAGAGGUAUUUUCCCCUUCAAAACAGGACAUUGCAUUAGCUCAAAAAAUUAUAAAGAUGUUCAGUGAACACCAGAAAGAAGGCAAGGCAUAUUUUCUCCACAAAGGAACAAUAAUUGCCAUGCCAAUGAUGAGAUGGGCACAACAUAUUCUAGAAUUAGCUAAUGCUAUUGACAUGAAAAAAUAGUCAUAUAGCAGAUUUUAGUUUUGUGGUGCUUUUAAUGCUUAAUUUAAGUACACAUCGUUGUAAUUUCAUCUUAAUAAAUAUUUUUAAGAUUAUUGUAUGGUGAGACGCUAACCCAAAUUAUUGACUCAUCCCUUACAAAAAUUGAAUGACGUCAUUACAGAACUAUCAGUACGAGUAAAUCUCACCUGAAAUUGAAACGUGACGUGUACCUUUACCACAUAUAUUAGUAAC